CAGAGGCAGCAGAAGCAGCACCAGCAGCAAAAAAGGAAGCUGAAAAAUAUGCCGAUGAUCCGGAAUAGGCAGUGGCUUCAAUUCCGGUAUCAAGCACGUGUUGAAGGUGAUUGAGCACGUGCAUUUUUGACAGCUCAGCGGCAACUUUCCUUUUAAGAACUCUUUUUGACCUUUUUUGCUGUGAAAAAAACUUUUUUUUUGGUGAAGAAAAGAUAUAACUGACGUUUCUUCAAACAGGCUGAUAGCACUUUGAUUACGUUCUGAUUAAGCUCUGAUUAAGCUCUGAAAAAGCUCUGACACUUCUGCACCCAGCCAGAUCUAGACCUCCAGUACCACAUAUAGCUUUCAAGAUGAAUCCAGCAGUUUCCAAUAUCGUUGUGAUGCUCGUUAUGAUGCAAGUUUCCAAAAAGUUUGAUUGGGAAAACCCCAACACAAUUUUCUACGUCAGAAUAUUAUAUGUUUCUUGCAUAAGUUUCUGUUUAGCUUUAUAUCUCUUUGUCAGACAAAAGAUUGUCAAGAAGAAUGAGUUAACCACUUUCAAAUAUUUCAGUGAUCCAAAUCCUAUGAGUGGGGAAACCGAAGGCAAAUUGGUUAUAACCACCAUUAAGGAUUACGAUUUGCAACAAGUCAAUGCUCAAAUCAAGGGUAUUUUCACCGGUGUCGCUAUGAUGGGCUUCAUGCAUUUGUACAUGAAAUACACCAAUCCAUUGUUAAUGCAAAGUAUCAACCCAGUCAAAAGUGCCUUUGAAAGCAAAGUUGUCAAAGUUCAUUUAUUCAAUCAAGAAGCCAAGGGUGAUUUGGCCAGACCCUUCAAAGCUGCUCCUUUGUUUGGUGGCGCUUCCACUCCAGCUAAAACCGAUAAGCAAUCAAUUGAAAAAGCUGAGGUCAGUGGUUCUGGUGGUAUCAAAGAAGAAUAGAGUCACUCAGCCCAUUGCCAAUUACAAAAUUUACUUCAUAAAUAUAUAAUAAAUGCAGUCUUUCAGUUCAGCCCUCCUGUUGUCUUACUAUUUUAAUCCUAUAUAAUCACCAUCCAAUAAAUCACCCCAAUUGCCCACCAAACUCAAACUGAUCAGUUGUGUUCUUAUCUGUUCAGCGUCUCCGUCUCCGUCUCGUUUUCCUCGUUCCGUCUCGCCCUGCGUGUCAUUUUCCUCUGUAGAUCCCUUUUAGUGCAGCGAUAUAAUAGGUCUAUGUGCAAUACAGCUGUAGUUCU